AUGUACGGCAUAAGGCCAGGUUGCGGUGUCCGUAUGUUUUCCAUCUUCCUCUUCUUCCUCUUGUUUCCCGCUAAAUCCCUCUCGGAGGAAGGGAGGCGCACAAUGCCCCCAUUACCCUCCAUUCGUGACCUUUCGGUUCCCCCUGCUGCGUCCUUUCCCCUGACGUACAUCCAGAAUGAGCCACCAGACCGAGUAGCGUGGGGAUGCGGUGGCGGACGUCCUCCCGUGCUGGGGGACCUUUCCAUUGCCUGCCUUGUCUCUAAUGAGCUCGUGUGGCCGUUCCUAGACAUUUAUCCUGACCAAUAA